AUGCGGUUGUUUCAAGACGGUCGAAGCAACCGUGGCCCGAAAGACAACCCUGGGUACGAGGGAUGGUUUCGCCGGUACGUUCGCUGCCGCCACGACGUUUUGAAAAACAUUGCACUCAAAGUAGGUCGGAGUUGGGAAGAUGUCCACGCGCCGUUGCAUCACAAUGCCAUCUUCAUGGUGGAUGACCGAGUUGCUUGCGUCCUGCUUUACCUCACACAUGCGGACGGUUACGAUGCAUCCGCGCUCGUGGUAGACAAAUUCUUGCGGAGGUACUUGGCUCUGAACACGACGUCUCCAUCCGACUCGGCCAAAGUGCGCCUGUGUACGCUCACGCCAUGCACAUCUUCGAGCGUCCUGGACAACGACUCGGCGGACACUGGCAGGCAUUGGGUGCGAUCGCCGAUUGGACAAUCGUACUCGCUGCGAUGCCUCGAACAUUGGGUCCUCGUUCUUCCUUUACUCGGCAAGGACGCGUCCAAUGGUUGCCUGGCCGAACCCGAGACAUUCGCUGACACUGUGUUGCGUACUUUGACGGACUGCCCAGGGUCCCAAGUCGCAAACAUGCACCACAGGACAUCCUUAGGGGUGACACCGUGGGCGGCGGCAACGGCUCCGGACGCUUGGGACAGGCUGAGACGUGUCUGGAAGACGCAUGUGAAGAACAACAAGAACCACGAGUGCGAGAUGGUGGAAGCGAACGUUACGGUGGAAGCUGGUAUGGAGGCGACAGUAGCAGCAUCCGUGAGCGAGGCAGAAGCCGUGAACACGACAAAAGUCGUGACCAUGGCCGUAGCCAAGGCGUAUGAAGCGCGACUUGAAGAUGAGUGCCGCAGGAAGAACAUCCAGUUUCCGCGAACAUGUAACAAGCUACGUGGCGUGGCUCUCGGACAAGCAACUGCUGUGUACCAUGAUGUCGAUCUGGAAGAUCCGCGGAGAGCCCGAUACAUGUCGGAGCAAAUCCUCAAGGACAAGCUUCAAGACAUCGCCAAGAAGCCAAUGAACGACGUCAGCCCUAACUUGAAAACCUCGGACUACAUGACGGCGUGUUCGGAGCGAAUCGACGUGCGUGCAGCCGGCGAGAUUCUCCGCACACCCGACAUCCGAAAGCGUAUGUACACGUCAUUGUUGAACCAGCUGCCUGGCAAGGUGAGCGAGUACACCAAGGACGCCUUCACGAAGAAGUGGGACCCAGUCGACUUUGAGUGGGGUGACCUGAUCCAAAUCGUGGUGGACAUAUCCGUGGAGCGACAAACAGCCCGAAGCACAAGAAGAGCAAGCACGACCAUGAUUAUCAAAAUCGUGGCCAAGACAAGAAGUCAAGCCGAGAUGACGGAAGACAGCAAAGCCGUGGACGCGACCAAAGCUGAGGACGCGACCGAAGCCGAGGGCGCGACCGAAGCCGUGGGCGUGAGUACAGUCGUGGACGUGAGGAGAGUCGCGGAUACGACCGAAUUCGUGGACGAAGCCAGGAAAGCUACCACAGUGUGCGUGAACGACAUGGAAGUCGUGGAUGCACAAGCGAGCGCAAUCAAAGCGCGUACCGUGGAAGCAAUUACUCCCGCCACAGAGGCAGUUCCCAAGACGCUACGUUUGGUUGGCCCAGAAAUGACCAAGGCGCGAAGUGUGGAACACCUCCGGCGCAAGCAAUCGAUCGCAACGCGGGAUAUCAAGAUUCGGGCACGAAGCGAAACACGAGAAGACGGAGCGGAUGUACGGGAAGUAAUCCUAGACGAAGCCGGGGCACUUGCACUCGUGGGACAGCCCAAAGGGGAGCUUCCUCCCAACUUCCAUGUGCAGAACCCGCAUCCACCAUCAGUGAUCAUGUCUGGCCAACCGCAUUACAACAACGUAUGGUGCGAUGGAAUCCGAACCGAGUUUGGAAUCAACAAAUACUACCACUGGAUGACCGAGCUACCCAUCCUGGACGAUCGAACCGUGCACCCGGUGCAGUGCCUGUUUUGCGGAGACCACGAACGCCUGCAUCAUUUCAAGGACUGCCCCGACAUCGACCAAGAGGGCAUCGACCGCAUCAAGUGGAUGUGGGGUUGGCGAAUGUGUGGCUACCUGCGCAACCCUAAGUUCCAGAAGUACGCGAAGAAGACAGCGCAGAUGCGAAAAAUGCUGGGCAAGAAGUUCUAUCGCAUCUACACGCCCGAUAAUGCCAUGAACAUGGCAACCCUCAACAGCGUACUGGAAACGAAGACUGAAAUCGACGUGGUUCAAUUGGCGAAGACCUGGAAAGGUUACGCUGUGGACGAACAGCCGGUGUAUGCAGACGUGGCGGCGAACCUGCGAAUCUGUCUGAGCACUGCAGCUGGACCUGCCAACCUACCCGGUGUGCAACUAUGCUACGUACUCAGCCGCAGCGACUCAUUGCUCGUCUCGCGCUAUGCGUUGCAGUCCAUUGGGAUCGACUUGAACCAUUUGUUGGAACAAGUCGCUCAACACCAAAGCCAUGAAGACGGUGAUGACGUGGGUGUACCCGACGAAGACGAAGACAUUGCCUUCGGGGUGGCGACUCGUCGUUUGCAAGGUGGUGAACAAGACCUCGACAAACUCGAUGAAGAUGCCGCAGUGUCACUGUUGGAGAAAGCGUUUGAAACGCUCAAGAUAAAGGACACAGGCAAGUACGUUAAGACCCACAAGCUCAAGGACAUCGUCAUGCAGGCCUGA